ACCUUCCACUCCCACCAGGCCCGCAGCUCUAAGAGAAGCUCGCACGCAACAAACCUCGACGAGACUUAGUAGCGCGUCCGCUGCCCGCCGCCACCAUGACGGACAACAACAAAGACCUCGAAGACGUCGCCAAAUCCGCAACCGACGAUUUCUACGAGCUCCUCGGGGUUGCCUUCGAUGCGGAAGAGGCAGAAGUCAAGCGCGCAUACCGAAAAGCCUCAGUCAAGUGCCAUCCCGACAAGAACCCCGAUGACAAGGAGGCGGCCGACAAGUUCAUCUGGCUCGGAAUAGCACGCGACAUCCUGCUCGAUGCAAAGCUCAAGGGCGAAUACGACAGGCAGCGGCAGCGGAAACGUGAGCGGGCUCUUCAGGAUGAACUGCUGGACGGCAGACGGAGAAAGAUGAAGGAGGACCUGGAGCGGAGGGAGCGCGAGGGCGCGGCGGCUAUGAGGAAUCUAAAAAGGAAGCGGGCCGAGGAAAUGAAUGAGCAGGAGAAAAGGGAAGCGGAGAUUCAAAGACUAGCCGAGGACGGGAAGAGGCGGCGGAAGGAGCAGCAAGAAAGAUUAGAAAAGCAGCGCCAGGAAGAGGAAGCCAGUUUCAUGGAGCCGAGUCCCGAAGCCGAACCAACGGCGCAAGUGCCUGCACCCGGACAGACCCCGGAGAUUGAUCGCACAGUCAGAGUACGGUUCCAACGGGAGGGCGACAUGUUCACGUGGGACAAAGAGAAGGUCACCGAGAUGUUUGAGAAGUACGGCAAGAUUGACAGCGCCGUCAUGUUCAAGGACAAGAAGAUCCGCCUUGAGGGCGAGAGGCACAAGAAACGCGUCGCUAUUAUGUUCAUCGUCUACACGAGGCUCGACCAUGCGCAUGCUGCUGUCAUGGACGGGAAAGCAGACUAUCCGUCUCUCGAAUCCGUAACGUGGGCGAAUAAGGAACCAGAGAUCAAGUCGCCACUGAAUGGAGAGUUUUCGGCGCCGUCGACGCCAGCUGCGACGCCGAAUAAGUCCUUCCGAGCAUCAUUCACAGGAGGACUAGGCAAAGACUUUGGCAGUGCGCCUGGUACACCGAAAUUCUCUUUCUCGCCGAAGACGCCGAGUCUAGAGGAGGUUACAAUGAUUCGGUUGAAGCAGAAGCAGGCGGAGAAGAGGAAGCUAGAAGCGCAAAUACGGCAGCAAGAAGCUGCGGAGGAAGCGGCGGCGUGAGCUGGCCGCAUAUGACGAAAAAUACGAGACCACGAGACAUUUUGAACGUUUAUAUGAUACCCGGACUUAGAUAGGGAUGAUCUGCCUUGACCAUAGAGGAGUAUGCCAGCAAGAUUACAAGACAAACAUUUAACUGAUCAACGGCCGCAAGCAUUGUCCCUUAGCAUCGAGUUCGCGUUUGGAGUAACUGACUUAUCAUAAGCACAUUCGACUCGGCUCGUUUGCUCGUU